AUUAUAUUUGUCAGAAAAAAAUCUACUUCUUAUUUGAAAUUCAGAUUUCUGCUAAGACAGCAAGUGCUUAGUCUGUACAGGAGGAUCUACCGUGCUAUCCGCCUGAUCCCUGAUGCUGCAGACCGGCGCUCCAUGGCAGAGUGGGCACGAGAAGAGUUCAAGCGAAAUAAAGGGGCCACUGAGGAGGUUACGAUUAAAAUGAUGAUUAGUCAGGGACAGAGACAACUUCAGGAACUGGAGCGGGCCCUACAGCUGGCCAAAUCCUAGGCACUUGGUUAUUACCCUCUGCUGCUGUUGUACAGAGAAGCAUUAUGUGACCUCCUACAGUGCUGUGUACGACCCAGGACGUGGUCAUUGGCUACAGCUAUAACAAAUGUCAUUAGCUGCCGUGAUAGUUCCGAGUGCUACAAAAUUAACUGAAGCGCAGCUGUGUGUUCUGGAAGUGUCUGGUCUGUUACUAAGGGUUGUAAUUUAAUUUGCUGAAAUGACUGAAGAUGCAGCAUAGCCUCACUACUGACUGGUUUAUGUCUAAUUAUAUUGAGUACAAUAAAUAUUUUAUUACAA